AUGCCCUCACUUCCCGUUGUCUUGUCUCAUCCCAUAUUGCCGUACCCCGUCACCCGACCCCUGCCGUGCAGAGCAUGCGACGGAGGAGGCGUUUGGGGCCGAGGGCAUGUCACUGCCCAUCCAUGCCCUCACUUCCCGUUGUCUUGUCUCAUCCCAUAUUGCCGUACCCCGUCACCCGACCCCUGCCGUGCAGAGCAUGCGACGGAGGAGGCGUUUGGGGCCGAGGGCAUGUCACUGCCCAUCCAUGCCCUCACUUCCCGUUGUCUUGUCUCAUCCCAUAUUGCCGUACCCCGUCACCCGACCCCUGCCGUGCAGAGCAUGCGACGGAGGAGGCGUUUGGGGCCGAGGGCAUGUCACUGCCCAUCCAUGCCCUCACUUCCCGUUGUCUUGUCUCAUCCCAUAUUGCCGUACCCCGUCACCCGACCCCUGCCGUGCAGAGCAUGCGACGGAGGAGGCGUUUGGGGCCGAGGGCAUGUCACUGCCCAUCCAUGCCCUCACUUCCCGUUGUCUUGUCUCAUCCCAUAUUGCCGUACCCCGUCACCCGACCCCUGCCGUGCAGAGCAUGCGACGGAGGAGGCGUUUGGGGCCGAGGGCAUGUCACUGCCCAUCCAUGCCCUCACUUCCCGUUGUCUUGUCUCAUCCCAUAUUGCCGUACCCCGUCACCCGACCCCUGCCGUGCAGAGCAUGCGACGGAGGAGGCGUUUGGGGCCGAGGGCAUGUCACUGCCCAUCCAUGCCCUCACUUCCCGUUGUCUUGUCUCAUCCCAUAUUGCCGUACCCCGUCACCCGACCCCUGCCGUGCAGAGCAUGCGACGGAGGAGGCGUUUGGGGCCGAGGGCAUGUCACUGCCCAUCCAUGCCCUCACUUCCCGUUGUCUUGUCUCAUCCCAUAUUGCCGUACCCCGUCACCCGACCCCUGCCGUGCAGAGCAUGCGACGGAGGAGGCGUUUGGGGCCGAGGGCAUGUCACUGCCCAUCCAUGCCCUCACUUCCCGUUGUCUUGUCUCAUCCCAUAUUGCCGUACCCCGUCACCCGACCCCUGCCGUGCAGAGCAUGCGACGGAGGAGGCGUUUGGGGCCGAGGGCAUGUCACUGCCCAUCCAUGCCCUCACUUCCCGUUGUCUUGUCUCAUCCCAUAUUGCCGUACCCCGUCACCCGACCCCUGCCGUGCAGAGCAUGCGACGGAGGAGGCGUUUGGGGCCGAGGGCAUGUCACUGCCCAUCCAUGCCCUCACUUCCCGUUGUCUUGUCUCAUCCCAUAUUGCCGUACCCCGUCACCCGACCCCUGCCGUGCAGAGCAUGCGACGGAGGAGGCGUUUGGGGCCGAGGGCAUGUCACUGCCCAUCCAUGCCCUCACUUCCCGUUGUCUUGUCUCAUCCCAUAUUGCCGUACCCCGUCACCCGACCCCUGCCGUGCAGAGCAUGCGACGGAGGAGGCGUUUGGGGCCGAGGGCAUGUCACUGCCCAUCCAUGCCCUCACUUCCCGUUGUCUUGUCUCAUCCCAUAUUGCCGUACCCCGUCACCCGACCCCUGCCGUGCAGAGCAUGCGACGGAGGAGGCGUUUGGGGCCGAGGGCAUGUCACUGCCCAUCCAUGCCCUCACUUCCCGUUGUCUUGUCUCAUCCCAUAUUGCCGUACCCCGUCACCCGACCCCUGCCGUGCAGAGCAUGCGAUCGAGGAGGUGUUUGGAGCGGAGUACGUGUCGCUGCAUGUGAGGAAGAGCAACCGGGCCGCUUUCCACCUCUACACCGAAACACUCGGUUACAAUUCUUUCGUCCUCGCUCCUUCUCCUCGCCUGCUCAACCUGUUCACCGCACCCCGCCCCCAUUUCGGCAGGAUCAACGACAUUGAGGCAAAGUACUAUGCUGAUAGCGAGGAUGCUUAUGACAUGCGCAAGAACCUCAAGCCUGCUGCAGAGAAGCCCAAGAAGGAAGUAAAGUUAGGAAAGGCGGCUUCUGAUGAUAAGGCAUCAUCUAAUAACGAGGAUGCAGCUAAGGACAAGGCACAGGGCAGUACGGAAGAUGCUGGGGCAGCUAUUAAAGGGGAUAAGCGUGAUGUAGAUAGGACUGCAAGGGCUGAUGAGUCAAAGGCUGGGGAGAAAAAGGAGGAAGGUUCUGAGAAGGGGGGUGAGAAGGAGGUGGCUGCGCCGGCAACACCAGCGAGGGAGAAGGAGAAAGGGGCUUCCCGAGGGGGUGGCAAGGGCGGGUCUGGGCGGCGGCGCAAGGGUGGCAAGGGCUAA